AUGAAGAUCUGUUGCCUCUCCUUCCGGCAGCCUUAUGCUGGCUUUGACUUAAACGGGGUCAAGACCUUGGAGUCACGUUGGUGUCCCCUGCUCGGCAGCCACCAGAACCAUACCAUCGCCAUCCACAUUGCUAAGAGGGACUGGGAAGACGACGCAUGUCUGGAGCUGCUGCAGGGGAGGCUCGGGAUGACGCCCGCUCAGAUUCAGGCCUUGCUUCAGGAAGGGGAAAAGUUUGGCCGAGGAGAGGUAGCUGGGCUCAUUGACAUUGGGGAAUCUUUGGAGUGUCCCGAAAACUUAGCUCCUGAGGAGGUCGUGGAACUGGAAAACCAAGCUGUCCUGACCAACCCGCAGCAGAAGUAG